ACCAAGAAUGGGGCCUGUGCUCCUUAGGCGUGGAGGCUGCCUCCUACUCUGGAUGGCACUGCUCCUGGGAUGUUGGGCUGAGCUUGGCAGUGGCUUGGAGUUCCCAGGAGCAGAAGGCCAGUGGACUCGCUUCCCCAAAUGGAAUGCCUGCUGUGAGAGCGAAAUGAGCUUUAACAUGAAAACCCGCAGUUCCAGUGGCCUGGUCCUUUACUUUGAUGAUGAGGGCUUCUGCGACUUCUUGGAGUUAAUUCUGACACAAGGUGGACGGCUCCAGCUAAGUUUCUCCAUCUUCUGUGCAGAGCCUGCCAUCUUGCUCUCUGACAUGGCUGUCAAUGACAACUUGUGGCACACCGUGGUCAUUCGCCGCAAUUUUAAGAAUACAACACUGCUAAUUGAUCAGACUGAGGCUAAAUGGGUGGAAGUGAAAUCUAAGCGGCGGGACAUGACGGUCUUCAGUGGUCUCUUUCUAGGAGGGUUACCUCCAGAGUUGCGUUCACCUACCCUAAAAGUAACACUGUCCUCAGUGAAGGAUAGGGAGCCCUUCAAAGGAUGGAUAACAGAUGUAAGAGUCAAUUAUACACAGUCUUCGCCUGUGGAGAGUCAAGAAGUACGUCUGGAUGAUGAACAGAGCCACCUAUGUGCUAGCGAUGUUUGCCUCAAUGGUGGUGUAUGCUCUGUGCUCAACAAUCAGGCGGUGUGUGACUGCUCCCAUACCGGUUUCCGUGGGAAGGAUUGCAGUGAAG